CGAACUACAAGGUUCGGCCUACCGAUACGCUUCAUCUCCUUGCGUUAACCCUAUAACCCAGUGCUUGUGCGGCGGGCCAAAGCGACUUCAGAUAAAACCAGCACUUCGGUUUGCACAAACUCUAAUAUCUCCCCAGAUAUUUAAAAACACCUUUACAUGUAGCGUCGGAGUGCCCUCAAGCAACUUGUAGAAGCAACUCGUUCAUUGAACGUUUCGCUCAAGAUAUUUGCGGCCAAGAACAUACCUGAUUUCUUCCAAGACUUUCCAGAAGCUGAAGAGGAUGCGAUUAAUGCGGUUUAUGAUCUUUGUGAAGACCAAAUGUCGCCGGUUAGGAUGGCAGGUUAUAAUGCUCUCGUACAAAUGUCAAGGCUAGAAAAGAAGUGGGUCAAACGCAACGCGGACGUUCUGGUUCAAUUGUUGCAAAGCGACGAUCCAAAUGAAGUCACCAUGGUCAGGAAGGCUCUUGUUGAUCACCUGCAAUUCGAUUCUCGGGUGACACUAGGUGUCCUGUGUGAUCAGGUUGUACCGCCUGACGAUCUUGCAGACCCGGAAGAACUCGAAAUGAGGAAUAGUCUACGGACAUUGGUUCUAUCAUUCGUAAUUGGUGAACUGAAGAAGGGACAGCUCAUACGCUAUAUGGCUCCUGGGAGUGAAGCAGAAGACACACUUGUGAAUGGGUUGAUCUCGGCACUACCAAAAUUGGGCGAAACAGAUACCCAAGUCAUCCUAAAGGAUAUCUUGAUGCAAUUGCAAUUUCUUGAUACGCCAUGUCCUCGUGGAACAACACUAUCGCAAUCAGUUUUACAGAGAGCAAAGAGUGCGCUCUUCGACGAUCAUAUGAAUCUGGAUGCUCAGAAUGGGACACGUUCCUUGAACAAAACUCGACCUUAUCUUGAUAUGUUAAGUGUCCUUUUCAUCAGCAAACGACAGGGAAAUCUAGAAGAUUUAUUCAACUUCUAUACACCUAUCCUCGGAAAGACCGUCCUGUCAAGUAUUUCUAUCGAAGAUCAACUGAUUAUCCUACGACAUUUUGCUGAGGCGUUACAUACCUGCAAAACAAAUCCGCCAAGCGUUAUUCGUCUUCUCAAUUUGACGCCAUUCUUUUUCGAAGUGCGCACAACGUCUCUGCUCUAAUCGUGUAUUAUGAAUAUAUAUAUUUGUGUUCGAAGUGUCUUUCCAAAGCAAAUCUCACUCAAGUCAGUCCUCAAAAAGUAUGUGUGCUUUUGCUUCGGGGACUUUUGCUCGUGGCGGAUAACG